AUGGAAACGGAUGGGAGUCGUGAAGGGGGAGACGAGAAGGGAAGAGAAUUGGAGGAGGCACGGACGUGCGACGAGGCGGCGGCGCCUGUGGUGGUGUACAAGAAAGGGGCAUGGAGCAAAGAGGAAGACGAGAAAUUGAGGCGGGCCGUAGAUAAAUACGGGAUUCGUAAUUGGGUUGCGAUUGAGAAACAUUCGGGAUUAGGCAGGCCCGCUAAGAACUGCAGGCUCCGAUGGUUGAACUAUUUGAGGCCGAACCUGAAAAAGUACCCGUUCACGCAGGAGGAGGAGGAAUUGAUCUUCGAGCUGCAUUCAAAAUAUGGAAACAGCUGGUCUCGCAUUGCCUCCAAGCUUCCAGGGAGAUCAGACAACGAGAUCAAAAACUUGUGGCACAAGAGAGCCAAGAAACGUCACAAGCACCACCUCCCAAUUUACCCUUCAACAACACCACCACCACAACAUAACCAAAACCACAAGAACGAUGAAGCCAUUAACAACGCGAAAGAUAAUUACUUUUCUAAUAAUAAUCACAACCACAUUUCGACUUUCUACUCUCAACCCACACUCCCCUCGACUUCCGCUCCCUCCACACCAAAUCCAAAUGCUACGUCCUCCCGCCAUGAUAUGGCGAUCCAUUCGCCGUCUCAAUUUGCUAUUUCUACACCCCAAUCACAUUUUCACAAUAUUCCACAAAGCCCCUCCAACAAAUUAAAGGUCGACCAAACCACCCAAAACUUUCUUUAUUCCAACACAUCGCCCCAAAUUCAAACCAAUUUAAAUAACGAUUUCAUGAUACUCAGAAACCCUCCCAUUCUUUCCGCGCCACAAAGUUCCUUAAGACGAUUCUCGAGGACCAAUAGUAAAAUAUCGCGUUCAACACCAAAUAUUUCUUCAGCUAUGGAGUCACCAAGGUCUCCCCUAAAACUCAACCUAUCACCCACGGUGCAAACAAUUGAUUCUUUUCCCACAUUUCAACACCAAUCGCCAAAUGCGACCCCAAUCUCUCCCCUCAAGCUCCGUCUAUCAAUCCCCAUACCUUCCGAAUCAUUCAUCCAAUCAAAUUCCAAUCUUCUUUUGAAACCAUCUUCAAAUCAACCAGCAACCGUCCAUUUUAACAACAAUGUUCCUCAAAGGGAGGCCCCUUUGAUCCAAGAGGAACAACCUGAUUGCAGUUUGGAGAUUAUGGAAGAAUUGAGGGAAGCUCAAGCCAAGGUCAAAUUCUUAAAGAAUAAACUGAGGAUGAAAAGAAUUCCAAAUCAGAGAAGCCAACCCAAAGGGAGUCCAGAAGCGGCGAGUGAGGGUCCACUUGAUGUGAAUUCAACGACAAAAGAAUGCACAUUACACAUGACAAGUUCAGGAACAAAAAAUUUCGUUGAUCGCGUCUUGAGAAUGAAACAACCCAUCAACAACUCAAAGAAAAUAAAAACAACUCUAUUAAAUAUCCCAAGAAACAAAGGUAACACGAUCACGAGUGGUAGUGAAGAAAGUUCAGAGACAGAAACUAAGCGAGGUAGUGAAGUCCCUCUAAAAAAUUGUUCAACUUUCACUCUUAACGAAAUUUUCAAGGGGGAAAGUCACUCCAUAGACCUUUUCAACCAUCUCAAUGCCCAAAACACUCAUACAACUCCACACAAUAAUAGUAUGUGCGCUUUUCAAGGUCUUACGAGUAAAUGCUCGGACGAAAAAUGCUCUACCAUGGGCACCUUAUACAGCCAAAGGUCUGCUCUUUUACAACAAGAUCCCAUACAAGGGGAUAUGUUUGAUCAAAGGUCGAGCCACUUUCACCCAGAUGACGACCAAUACUUUGGCUAUAGUUUUGGGCAGGAAAUCGCAAAUGGGUUCGGGAGAAAACUCGCCAAUGACGGCUCGAUGGAGGAUAAUUUGGGGACAAAGUUGACAUUUUGCGAGCUAAUGAAUAACCAAUAUCCCGAAUCCGAGCUAUUGGAUUCGUGUAGCCUGGUGAGUAACCCGAUCAUGGAGCAAGAAUAUUUUCGCAUCGAGCAAUUUUCCGGCGAAAAUUCAGAGCUUUGCAAACAAGAAGCUGUGUUUGGGAAUCCAUUGACGGCUGCAAAUCUGAUAGACAACCUGGUUGACUCGGUUAACCUGGUGGAGCCCACAAAAGGCAACAAGGGUUGUGCACCAGAUGAACAUUGUAGAGAACAAAGCUUCAUGCAGGGUUUACUGGUGGAUAACUUGUGGGAAGAUGAGACCUUUUCAACAAGAAGAUAUCAAGAAUCCAAUGAUGGGAAUAAUGUUGUAGCAGGGGAAGUAGAAGAAGAGCAGGAGAAUAUCAACACCAUGUCUGAAGAACUAUCGAGUCUGCUCGAGUUUUUUCCAAGCGCCAGCCAGACGCUAGAUUGGUAUAACAUGGGGAGUGCAGUUCCUUAUGAUUCAAAAGCUUCUGGUGAGUUGGACAGUCUCCAAAUGCCCUCAACUUCUCACCCACAACUCACAAUCGCUGACUAUCUCUGA